AAUCACAAUCAGGCGGGAAUCAUAAUCAACAAUCAACGACAUCACCCACCAUCAUCAACAACAAAACCUCACAUCACACAAUUACUGCCAACAAAUAUGUCAUCCCAAAUUUCUCUCCACCCUCGUCCUCUCCAACCAUCGCCCUCCUCAAGCUCAUCAACACCCGCAACCAACCCACUCCCAACCCUUAUCCAAACCCCCACGGGCCUCGCCCUCCUCGAACUCCAAGGAACUCUCAACAUGCGCGACUUUGACCCAUCCUCUACAGAACAAAUCACUCCAAUCCCUGUAGGGAGGAUCGAUUUCCCCGAUUACCAGCCCAACUCCCUCACCUUUGAUCCCAACGACAAGAAGUGGAUGAAGAGGGUGUAUAUGUACAUUGGCGAGCAUCAGCGGUUGCAUGGGGAGGUGAAGGGGCUGGGGAAGGCGAUGGGGGUUGUGAGGAGGAGGAGGGUAAGGCAGAAGGAGGGGGUGAACGGGGAGGGGGAGGAAGAAAAAGAGGAGUUGGAGGUGCUGGAUAUAAUAAGGUACAAGAUUGUUUUUGGGACGAGGCCGGAGCCGAUUACUAGGGGGGAGCAGUUCAUUGGACGGGGUUCUGAACAGACCUAGGGUUAAGGACGGGAGGGUGUGGAGGAGGGGGUUGGUGGUGGCGAAAGUUAGGAAUAGCUCCUAAG